UCAGUGUGCAAAUCAGUGCAAAUCAGUGCAAGUGUACGUAUGCAAUAGUGGCUUUUCUUUUAUCGUUGCAGUUUUUUCGGACUGCGUAACAAGAUGCGAAAUUUAAACAAUCUGUGAUAAAAUUUGUCAAGAUGUCUCCCCGUGUCGCCUCUGUUUAUCGUUUGACGUUGCAGAUUUUUAGGGAUUAAGAGGAAGGGGUCCAAUUUCUUCGAUGACAGUUGCUGAUUAUUCUUCAGAUUUAUGAAACUCUCUCAUCGUAGACCAGUAAGAUGCGAAAGAAAUCAUUCAGCGGUCCAAAUGAUCUCCAGAAGGUGACGAGAUAAAUCCAACGCUUCCAGACAGAUCGUGCACCAGCGGAAUGGACAACGGGAAGGCUCUCCACAUUACGUGCUCUUAUACUCGGAAGACGAAGGCAGUGGAGAUGAAAUCCCGCUUCAGCCACGUAUGGCAGUUCGGUCCUCUCCAAGGAAGGUGGAAGUUAUUAACGUUGUCAUUAAUCCCAAUGACACGUUGCAAGCUUUAGCUCUGAGAUACAGAUGCACGAUAUCUGAAUUAAAAAGGAUUAAUAAGAUUCACAAGGAAAAUGAGAUAUAUGCCCAUCGUUUGAUUAAAGUUCCUGUUCAACCUUUCUCAAUUCUGACAGAGACGUUAAGUCAGAAUCCAAAUACAACAGAGAAUAAAGUCGUGAAGGAUGACGAAGACAACCGAACGAGUGAACAAAGGGAAGAACAAAUUAUAAACUUGUUAGCUUCUCCUGCAACACCGUCGACAUCGCGAAUGGGAUUUAACAACAUUAAUGACAUUAAUGACAUUAUUUUAAACUCCACGUGCGAGCCUUUGUCGUUAUUUACAAAUGGCUCUUUAGAAAUGGCUGAAGAAACGGAGAACGACCGGUUACUCGAGAGAGAUCAUUCUACUACUACGGGACAGUCUCGAAUUGUGGAUACGUUUAAGUGUUCCGGAGCAGAUUGGGGAUUAUCCUGGGCUCAGCUUUUGGGAGUUUCCUUACUCUUAGGCUUUGCAGGGCCUAUAAUAUACAUCCUCUACUUAGCUGAAUAUCCUAAGCACCCUGUCACUUCGGGACAUUAACGUAACAAUGUUGAACCUACGAAUUAGAUGAAUGCGCGUGAAAACAUAUUCUUCCUCGUACUGCGAAAAAUUUGUGAUAACGUAGAUGCUAAUGUACUUUUGUACAAACGACUAACUUAUAAGGAGAAGGAAUCAUUUAGGAGAUAAUUAUUAUGUUUACAUUGUUUAGCUGACAGCAGCUAAUUAAUUAUCCUGCGUGUUUCAAGUGGCUCGAUGCCUUGGUUUAGCGUUUACAGAAAUUUUAAACAGCAUGCAAUUAGUUGCAGGCGAAACGACGAGAUUCAACUAAUGUUAGUACAAACUUAUAUUUUCAUUUAGUUAAUUAUGAACGAAAGUAUAAGAUAUUUUCAUGUUUGCAGCAUGUUGAACACUUAGUUGAAAGUCUGAUGCAAAGAACACACCCAGCCGAAUAAUCUUCGUACUUUUUUUGCCCCUUUAAGUGAAAAAUGUGGCAAAGAUCUUUCAGUGUUCGGUUCGUUCAAACUUCCAAUAUUUUCACAGUUUUUUAAAUAUAUAUAUAUCCAUCACUGUGAAUCAAUUAUGGGAGUUUUUAUACGGCGGACAAUGUAUUGACAAUCGUAUUGAGAAAUAUAUUUUUCAAUAUUUAA